AUGGGCAAAUCUCAGAGCAAACUUUCACCGGAGCAACUUGCAGAUCUACAAAAGAACACUUAUUUCGACAAGAGAGAGCUACAGCAAUGGUAUAAGGGCUUUCUCAAGGAUUGUCCAUCCGGCCAGCUGGACAAGACUGAAUUCAGUCGUAUAUAUAAACAAUUCUUUCCAUUCGGGGAUCCAGGAGACUUUGCAGACUACGUCUUCAACGUAUUUGACGAGAACAAAAAUGGUACUAUUGACUUCAAGGAGUUCAUAUGCGCCCUCAGUGUCACGAGCCGUGGCCGAUUAGACGAGAAGCUCAAGUGGGCUUUUCAGUUGUACGAUAUAGACAAAGAUGGUUUCAUCACCUAUGAUGAGAUGUUACAGAUCGUAACGUCCAUAUACAAGAUGACUGGACAAAUGGUCAAACUUCCUGCCGAUGAGGAUACUCCUGAAAAGCGAGUAGAUAAGAUCUUCAGGAAUAUGGACCGAGACAAGGACGCACAGCUCACGUACGAUGAAUUCGUCGAAGGCAGUAAACAAGACCCGACUAUCGUCCAGGCAUUAUCGCUAUACGAUGGUCUCGUAUGA